GCACUUGAAGUCUCCCUCCCCCUUCCGUUUUCACAGAUGGUUGCGACUGUCCUAGGACUUUACGUCUCCGCACAUUCCAGAGCCCGGCGAGGGGCGGGGCCUCGAAGCCCAAGUCCUUGUAAGGAAAUCGCGGAGAAGGACGCCGGGCCCACGUGACUAGCGCUCUUCUCGGCUCGCCUCGCUCUGGGAUUCGGACUUCCGGCACGGAAUAGUGCGCCUGCGCGGGGACCUGUGCGCGCAUGCGCAGUACCUGGGUCCGGUCCCUGUUUGAAGAGGGGUGUGUUGAGUUAAGCUGCUUCCAAGCUGAUGCAGUGCUUUGAGUUCCUGAGGUCCUUGGCCGAGUACCAUGAUUGUGGUCCAGUAAGGCUCCAUAAGGUCGUGAUUGGCUGAAUCUUUUUCUUCAAAAAGUUUGCAAAUGUACUUGCCAGAGCCUCUUUGUCCUUGAUAAACUCACUGGAGCUAGAGGAAGACAGGUGACCCUGGCCCACCACUCUCCGCGAUGCGAACUGCGACUUCGUGAAAAUGGGAACGAAAACCUGGGCCUGCGUUUUCUCGGCUCACCCCCGCCCAGAGCGGCUUCUAACCACGGCUCUCAGAAAAGGAAGAGAAAGCCUCUUCGGGGUGUCUGUCCCCGCCGAGUCACUUCGCCCUGACCUCAUCUGUUAGCCCAGCAAGGGGAAUCCCGGCCCUCAGAAGCCCCGCACUGCAGCCUGGAACCGGUCCGGUCAGGUCCAGCUUUGUGCGAGGAACUCAGUAGCAUUCCACCCAUUACCAGUAACAUUCCAAAGUUAACCUGGAGGUCGGGACCUGAAGCUUUCAGAGGUCAGUGACCUUCCUGUGGUCAUAGCGUGGCUAAGAGGACAAAACAGGAAUCCGACGCAGGUCGACUACUUCCCUGAGGGGCACAAGAUGGCUUUGCCUUUUUAUCAGAAGUCCCACCAGCACUAUGACCUCAGCUACCGCAACAAGGACCUUCGUACCACCAUGAGCCAUUACCAGCAGGACAAGAAGCGCUCUGCCAUCUACACACAUGGCUCCACGGCCUACACUAGCCGCUCCUCUGCCGCCCACCGCCAGGAGUCUGAGGCCUUCAGCCAGGUGGCGGCCUCCUCCAAGCAGCAGGCCUCACACUACUCCUUUGGGGCUGAAGUCAGUCGCAAGUCUGCCUCCGCCUACGAUUAUGGCUACUCCCAUGGACUUACAGGCUCCAGUCUGCUGUUAGAAGAUUAUUCAUCCAACUUGAGCCCCAAAACAAAGAGAGCGAAGCGCAGUCUUCUGUCGGGAGAAGAGAAGGAAAAUCUGCCCAGCGACUACAUGGUGCCGAUUUACUCCGGGCGGCAAGUGCACGUCAGUGGAAUUACAGAUACAGAGGAAGAAAGAAUUAAAGAAGCGGCUGCUUAUAUAGCCCAGAGAAAUCUCCUUGCUAGUGAGGAAGGGAUUAGGACGUCCAAACAGCUCACAGCAUCCAAACGGUCUGCGGUGUCCAAACAGGCCACGUCCACCCUCAAGCAGGAAGAAACAUUUAAAAAGAAGUCAAGGGAGGCCACCAUUCGAGAAAAGGCAGACCUCCUGUCCCUGAGAAAAACAGUAGAGGAAACCCAGGCAUACCAUGGAAAGUUGAAUGAGGACCAUCUUCUCCACGCCCCAGAGUUCAUCAUUAAACCUCGUUCGCACACGGUGUGGGAGAAGGACAAUGUCAUACUGCACUGCUCGGUGGCAGGCUGGCCAGAGCCCCGUGUCACAUGGUAUAAAAACCAGGUUCCAAUAAACGUCCAGGCAAACCCUGGAAAGUACAUCAUUGAGAGUCGAUACGGAAUGCACACUUUGGAGAUCACCGCGUGUGACUUCGAAGACACAGCUCAGUACCGGGCCUCCGCCAUGAACGUCAAAGGGGAGCUCUCGGCCUACGCGUCAGUUGUGGUAAAGAGGUACAAGGGGGAGCUUGAUGAGCUGCGCUUCCGGGCCGGGGCUGCCUCCAGGCCCCUGAGCUUUGCUGUGACCCCUUACGGUUACGCGUCCAAGUUUGAGAUCCACUUUGAUGACAAGUUCGACGUGUCCUUUGGGAGAGAGGGAGAGACAAUGAGUCUGGGCUGUCGCGUGGUCAUCACCCCCGAAAUCAAGCAUUUCCAGCCAGAAAUCCAGUGGUUCAGGAACGGGGCACCUGUUUCUCCAUCGAAAUGGGUGCAAACACAGUGGAGUGGCGAUCGGGCAACGCUGACGUUUUCCCAUCUCAACAAGGAAGACGAAGGCCUCUAUGCAAUCCGCGUACGGAUGGGAGAGUACGCUGAGCAGUACAGCGCUUACGUCUUUGUCAGAGAUGCGGACGCCGAGAUUGAAGGCGCCCCUGCCGCGCCCCUGGAUGUGGCGAGCUUGGAGGCCAACAAAGACUACAUCAUCGUCUCCUGGAAGCAGCCGGCUGUGGAUGGGGGGAGCCCCAUCCUGGGCUACUUCAUUGAUAAGUGUGAGGUGGGCACGGAUAGCUGGUCCCAGUGCAACGACACACCUGUGAAGUUCGCUCGCUUUCCAGUCACCGGAUUAAUAGAGGGCCGUUCCUAUGUGUUCCGGGUUCGAGCUGUGAACAAAAACGGAAUAGGCCUCCCCUCUCGAGUUUCUGAGCCCGUGGCUGCUCUGGAUCCAGCAGAGAAAGCUAGACUUAAAAGUCGCCCAUCAGCACCCUGGACGGGACAGAUCAUUGUCACGGAAGAGGAGCCCUCAGCGGGCAUUGUCCCCGGGCCGCCCACAGACCUCUCAGUCACUGAAGCCACCCGGAGCUACGUGGUGCUGAGCUGGAAGCCCCCUGGGCAGCGUGGCCAUGAGGGCAUUGCGUACUUUGUGGAGAAGUGCGACGCGGGGACGGAGAACUGGCAGCGGGUGAACACGGAGCUGCCGGUGAAGUCUCCUCGCUUCGCGCUGUUCGACCUGGCCGAGGCCAAGUCCUACCGCUUCCGCGUGCGCUGCUGCAACUCGGCGGGGGUGGGCGAGCCCUCGGAGGCCACGGAGGUGACCGUCGUCGGGGACAGACUCGACCUCCCCGCGGCCCCUGGCAAAGUCAUCCCGAGCAGGAAUACGGACACCUCGGUGGUGGUUUCUUGGGAGGAGCCCAGAGACGCCGAGGAGCUGGUGGGGUACUACAUCGAGGCCAGCGCCGUGGGCUCGGGCGUGUGGGAGCCCUGCAACAACAACCCCGUGCAGGGUGCUCGGUUCACGUGCCAUGGCCUGACGACCGGCCAGAGCUACAUUUUCCGGGUCAGAGCAGUGAACGCGGCUGGACUUAGUGACUUCUCCCAGGACUCAGAAGCUAUCGAGGUCAAAGCUGCGAUUGCGGCGCCAUCUGCACCCUGUGACAUCACUUGUCUCGAAAGCUUUCGUGACUCGAUGGUCCUGGGAUGGAAGAAGCCGGAUGAGAGCGGAGGAGCAGAGAUCACCGGCUACUACGUGAGCUACCGGGAGGUGGCCGGUGGGGUGCCAGGCCCGUGGAGAGAAGCCAACGUCAAGGCGCUCAGCGAGGAGGCCUACAAGAUCAGCAACUUGAAGGAGAACAUGGUGUACCAGUUCCAAGUGGCGGCCGUGAACAUCGCCGGCCUGGGGGCACCGUCAGCCGUGAGCCAGGGCUUCAGGUGUGAGGAGUGGACCAUCGCUGUGCCCGGACCUCCGCACAGCCUCAGGUACAGCGAGGUCCGGAAGAGCUCCCUGGUCCUGCAGUGGAAGCCCCCAGUGCACUCUGGGCGGACCCCGGUCACUGGCUACUUUGUGGACCUGAAGGAGGCCAAGGCCAAAGACGACCAAUGGCGAGGACUCAACAAGGCUGCCGUUAAGAAUACGUACCUGAAGGUGCAAGACCUCCAGGAGGGCGUCAGCUACGUGUUCCGGGUCCGAGCUGUCAACCAGGUGGGCGUCGGGAAGCCGUCUGACCUCGCAGGCCCUGUGGUGGCAGAAACUCGUCCAGGAACCAAGGAGGUGGUCGUGAGUGUGGACGAUGACGGGGUCAUCUCGUUGAACUUUGAGUGUGACCAGAUGACUCCGAAAUCAGAAUUCACCUGGUCUAAAGACUACGUGCGCACCGAGGACUCCCCACGGCUGGAAGUCGAAAGCAAAGGCAACAAGACAAAAAUUACCUUCAAAGAGCCGGGGAUGGAAGACUUGGGCCUCUAUUCCUGCGACGUGACGGACACCGAUGGGAUAGCGUCAAGCUACUUAAUAGACGAGGACGAAUUGAAACGGUUACUCGCUCUCAGCCAGGAGCACAAGUUCCCAACUGUUGCAGCUAAAUCAGAGUUGGCAGUGGAAAUUUUGGAGAAAGGUCAGGUCCGGUUUUGGAUGCAGGCUGAGAAGCUGUCUGGCAAUGCUAAAGUCAACUACAUAUUUAAUGAGAAGGAAAUUUUUGAAGGCCCGAAAUACAAGAUGCACGUGGAUCGCAGCACCGGCCUCAUCGAGAUGUUCAUGGAGAAGCUGCAGGACGAGGAUGAGGGCACGUACACGUUCCAGAUCCAAGACGGGAAAGCGACGGGCCACUCCACGCUGGUGCUCAUCGGAGACGUUUAUAAAAAGCUCCAGAAAGAAGCUGAAUUCCAGCGGCAAGAAUGGAUCAGGAAACAAGGCCCGCAUUUUGCUGAGUAUUUGAGCUGGGAAGUGACCGGUGAAUGUAAUGUACUGUUGAAAUGCAAGGUGGCAAAUAUUAAGAAGGAGACUAAUAUCGUGUGGUACAAAGACGAGAGAGAGAUAUCCGUGGACGAAAAGCACGACUUCAAGGACGGCAUAUGUACCCUGCUUAUAACAGAGUUUUCCAAGAAAGAUGCCGGGUUUUAUGAAGUCAUCCUGAAAGAUGACCGUGGGAAAGAUAAAAGCAGACUUAAACUUGUGGAUGAAGCCUUCCAAGAACUGAUGGCCGAAGUCUGCAGGAAGAUCGCUUUGUCCGCCUCAGAUCUGAAAAUCCAGAGCACCGCAGAGGGCAUCCGGCUGUACUCGUUUGUCACUUACUACCUGGACGAUUUGAAAGUUAACUGGUCCCACAAUGGAACCGGUAUCAAGUACACAGACAGAGUUAAGAGCGGGGUCACCGGGGAGCAGAUCUGGCUGCAGAUCAGUGAGCCCACUCCCAAUGACAAAGGGAAGUACAUCAUGGAGCUCUCUGACGGGAAGACGGGGCACCAGAAGAUGGUGGACCUUUCUGGACAAGCGUACGAGGAGGCCUAUGCUGAAUUCCAGAGGUUAAAACAAGCUGCCAUCGCCGAGAAAAAUCGUGCCCGGGUGCUGGGCGGGCUCCCUGACGUGGUCACCAUCCAGGAGGGCAAGGCCCUCAGCCUCACCUGCUCCGUGUGGGGCGACCCGGGGCCCGAGGUCUCCUGGCUGAAGAACGAGCGGCUGCUGGCCUCCGACGACCACUGCAGCCUGCGCUUCGAGGCGGGGCCCAGCGACGUCACGGUCAGCGUGUUCAUCCCCGAGGAGGAGGCCCGCACAGCCGAGCCCCGGAAGGGCGCCCCCCAAGGUGCCCCGAAGUCCAAGUGAGCAGAGGCCAGCGGGGGGACGAGAGGAGCAGAGACGGCCGCGCUGCGUGUGUCAGUGUGCGUGCGCGCGUGUGCGGUGUAGGCUAUGACUAGGGAGGUGCAGCUGGGUGCGCAGGUCCACGCUUGCCAUCCCAGCACGCGGGAGGCUGAGGCGGGUUUGAGGAAGAUUCAAGGCCAGCCCGGGCUACAGAGCGCUGGUCUCACUUUCUUCAAAUGGUGAGGAGUCUUCUGAAUUCUCUCCCCAUCUAGUGCUGGCCUGGAGGGAAAGUGAUCAAAUCUUUUAUUCCUGUAGGAAAGCACCAACUAGCAACACUUCGUUCUUUACCUGUAAAUCGGUGCUGAGAAAACACCAUGGGUGUCACCGAUACUAGGAAGUGGUCUUGAGGAGACCAGCGUUGUGUGGCGGGACAGGUGUGAUGUCAGAGGUCAGAGGGCCAUGUUGUGGGUCCGUUUCUGCGAGGUCCCCCUUCACGAUUCUGUCCCCAGGGGGAGACUGGAGGCCUGUGCGUGUGGUAUGUGUGUCAGGACACGCGUGCAGGGCGUUUCUGCUGGCCCCCGACUGAAUAAACCAUGUUGCCUCCCC